UGUGUGUGUGUGUGUGUGUGUGUGUGUGUGUGUGUGUGUGUGUGUUUAUGGUUUUCUGUGUCUGUGUUUCUUUCUGUGCUUCUAAAUCUGCUCUUGAAUGUCUAUAUGUCUGUUUUCUGUGUGUGUGUGUGUGUGUGUGUGUGUGUGUGUGUGUGUGUGUGUGUGUGUGUGUAUAGUUGAGGUCAUCACAGGAUAUCCUCCCGUCUUAACCCCUCCCCGAACAUCGCCCAAGCACCCUCAGAAGCGAACGCACGCACGCAGAGAGAGCCACGAUGACCCCCAACACACCCGCCUCGCUCCUGCCGAUACUCCUGCUGCUUCGGCCGUCAGCGAUGCCUGCCCCCGGAGCUAUCCUGAACCUCGCCGCGGCUCAGAACUGCACCGCCGACGUUACCAUCUAUAAGGCUGACGGUUGGAAGGUUAUUAACAAAGCGCAAGAAGAAAAAGAUGGCAGAAAGUAUGUCACUGUAUACGUGCAACCCGAGGAAGGCUUCGAAGGUGUCAGGGUUAAGGUGAAGGUUGGCACGGGUAAUUACGAGCCUUGGGUCUUACUGGAAAAAACUUGCUUCCCUGAUGAAACAGCGAAAUGGUGGUGGAUGGUGAGGGUGAUGGUGAUGGUGAUGAACAAAAACAAUCUAAUUAUACAAUUGAAGACUGGAGAAUGCUUUGCUAAGUGUGUUAAAGAAGUCGAUAUCAAUAAUACCCCAGAAUUUCACAUUAUGCCCCACGGUACCUCGAAGUGGAGACUCAACAAACCAAAUGAUACGAGCUGCCCCACCAGGGAGAUAUCGCAGCGGAAGCAACCGAACUUCAACUGCACCGACGAUCCUCCCCAAACUUCACGGCCCCAUUCCCGCCCCUAUAACACCACACACAACCCUGACACCCCCCCUGCAGGCAACCCUGAUUCUGUUAACUCCCCAUCCUCUCCUGGUGACACAGAGAACGCAACGCCCCCCAAGGCAACAUCUCGGGACGAGGUGGUGAUAGUUGCAGUGGUGGUGGGGGUGGUGGUGGUGGUGCUGGUUGUGGUGGGGGUGGGGGUGGGGGUGGCGGUGAAGUGGAAUCGUCGGCGAAGAUACUCUACAGGAGGUGUUAUGAUGCAGCCGUCCCGAGACACCCCGACAAGCAGCAAGGAGGUGGUGGUGGUCGAGAACAGUCUGUACGAACCCUUUGAGAACUUCCAACGCCCCCAGCCCAGCCACGAGUGAUGGAGGAGGAGGAGGAGGAGGAAGAAGAGGAGGAGGAGGAGGAUGAAAAAGAAAGAAAAAGAAGAUGAAUUUAACUAUGAGGACGAAAGGCAGAAGAAGAUGAAGCACUCAUACCUUUGCUUUCCGUGACGUGAUUCAUCUCGCUACUCUCUGACGUCCCAACUCUAAUUUUUUUUUUUUUUUUUACAGUAAAGGAGAAAGCUCAAGGGCAAAAAUAUAUAUAAAAAAGGACACAAAAAAAGACCCCUGCCGCUGCUCCUUCAAAUAGUAGUAGUAGUAGUAGUAGUAGUAGUAGUAGUAGUAGUAGUAAUAAUGAGGCAUAAUUCCACAAGAGAGAGGAUCAGAACCUAUUGGAAAAGUGUCUUGAUCCUCCCCUCUUGAAAAUGAUUAUAAGAGAGGCUGGUUCUUUUACUGUCUGUUUGUUCGCCUGUCUGUCUGUUUGCUGGACUGGUCGCUUGAUGAUUUGUACUGUUGCAAAUAUAAAGGAAAAAACAUAAA